AUGAACCAACUAAACCCCAUUCAACCAGAUGGUGGAGUGAGCAUUCACAUAAAUGCACAAUCAAAGAAAAAAAGCAGUCGGCACUGCUGUGACCCCUCUCAGCAUACGAUCUCCUUACCUUGGAUAGAAGAGAAGUUUUAUAAACGUGAUUGUGUUUCCAUCAUACCCUAUUCAAGAGAACCUCAUAGAUGUAUCCCUGGGUGUCAGAUUUGCCAACAACUUGUUCGGUGUUGUUGUGGUCGUUUGAUCAAAGAACAUAGUAGUAUUGCCGGAAAUGCUGACAUAAAUCUUUCAAAUGAUCAAACACCGUCAGCAGUGUGGACCGUGGAGGAGCACACAGUAAAAAGUCCUACAAAUGCAUUUGGUACCAUUGACUUUCAAGGUGGUUCACAUGGCUGUAAAGCCAAGUUUGUUAGAUUAUCGUGUGACAGUAGGAUUGAAGACAUUCUUCACCUCAUGGUUAAGGAAUGGAGAAUGCAACUUCCAAAACUGCUUAUUUCUGUACAUGGUGGUACACAGAAAUUUGACCUUCACCCUCGAAUUAAAGAUGCACUGUCCAAGGGGUUCAUAAAAGCUGCAGAGACCACAGGAGCUUGGAUAUUGACAGAAGGACUGAAUAAUGGUGUCGCUGAGCAUAUCGGACAUGCUUUGAAGGACCAAGCUUCCCAUAUGUGCCACAAGGUGUGCACCAUUGGAAUUACACCAUGGGGUUUAGUUGAUGGUAGAAAAGAUCUGACUGGAAGAAAUGUUGUAGCUCCAUAUCAGACAUUACUGAACCCCCUCAGCAAACUCCAUCUACUGAAUAGCCUUCACACCCAUUUCAUAUUGGUAGAUGAUGGAACAGUUGGACAACAUGGGGCAGACAUUCACAUACGAAAGGAAUUAGAAAACAGAAUUUCUCUACAGCAGAUCCAUUCAAGGACCGGAAAGCGAAUACCAGUUGUGGCUCUAAUACUCGAGGGGGGUCCCAACACUAUCUCUACAGUCUUUGAGUAUCUUCAGCAAACACCUCCGGUGCCAGUUGUCGUCUGUGAAGGCAGUGGCAGAGCAGCAGACCUCCUGGCAUAUGUUUAUACACAAACAGAGAAUCAAGGAAAUCUUUUGGAAAGUGUUCAGUCUGAGGUUGUAGCUACCAUUAAGAAAACAUUCAGCCUCAACCAGAAUGAAGCUAUCCAUAUGUUUCACACUUUAAUGGCUUGCAUGAAAACCAAGCACCUCAUAACUGUGUUCCAUGCUGGACCAGAAGAACAACAAGAUAUUGAUGUUGCAAUCCUUACAUCAUUGUUGAAAAGUACAAAUAUGUCUCCAUAUGAUCAACUUGUUCUGGCCUUGGCCUGGGACAGAGUAGAUAUUGCCAAAAACUAUAUUUUCAUACAUGGACAACAGUGGUUGACAGCACCAUUGGAACAAUUAAUGCUGGAUGCACUUGUAAUGAACAGAGUGGACUUUGUCCAACUUCUUAUAGAACAUGGUGUCAGUAUGCACUGGUUUCUAACAAUCUCCAGACUGGAAGAGCUUUACAAUGCAGCACAGAAUGCCAGUAAGGACACCAUACUACAUCUCAUCCAGGCUGUGAAGAAGGGUAAUGUAUCAACAGCAUACAAGAUCACUCUAAUGGAUGUAGGCCUAGUAAUUGAAUACCUUAUGGGUGGAACAUUUCGGAGCAAUUACACCAAAAAACGCUUCAGAGUGAUGUACAAGCUUUUAAACCAGAAUACUGGUCCAAAGAAUUCAAUCAGUUCCUCUACAAGUAAUGAAAUCUUUCACAGACCACAGGGAAGAGAAAGAACAAGGCACAAACACUUUCUUCAAACCGCUCAGCCCUACAAACCAAAGGAUGGUGUAUAUGAUAAAGAAAACCCACAAAAACAAUGGAAAGCUGGAAACCUCAAAAGUGAAGAGGAUAAUGGAAGGCCUUUUCAUUAUCCAUAUAAUGAUCUUCUGGUCUGGGCAGUGCUGAUGAAGAGACAGAAGAUGGCACUUUUCUUCUGGCAACGUGGAGAAGAAUCCAUGGCUAAAGCUCUGGUUGCGAGAUGUCUUUAUCGAGCAAUGUCCCAUGAGGCUCGACAGUGGGAUAUCUUUGACGACACUCCAGGAAAGCUAAAGGCCUAUUCCAAAGAAUUUGGAAACCUUGCAGAAGAACUCCUGGAUAAAGCCUACAAACAAAAUGAAAUAAUGGCAAUGAAGUUACUAACAUAUCAGUUGAGCAACUGGAGUCAAUCCACUUGCCUUAAACUUGCUGUUACUGGAAAACUUAGAACAAUUGUUUCCCAUGCAUGCACACAGAAGCUGCUGACAGAUAUGUGGAUGGGGAGACUAAACAUAAGGAAAAAUCUUUGGCUUAAGGUGAUUUUAGGUAUUUUUCUCCCUCCGAUAAUACCACUGUUGGGAUACAAAAGUAAGGCACAAAUGUCCCAUGUCCCAGUGUCUCAGGAUGCACAUGAAAUGAUUCUAAAUGAGGAUCUGGAGGUGAAUUUUUCUACAUUAUGACCACUCUACAUCACAAUACCAGGGUCAUCUUCAUUAACACCAAUGUUGACUAUUCAUAUAUUUCAGAGUAUUAAGAAUGAUGCCCAGUUGUUUGAUGGAUAUGGAGGAAAUGUUCAUGAUACUAGAAUUGAAGCAAAACCUCGUCGUCUUCCACUGACACAGAAAUAUUUUGCAUUUUACCAUGCACCAAUCGUGAAGUUCUGGUUUAACACGAUGGCAUAUCUGGCAUUUUUAAUGCUUUACACAUAUGUGGUUUUGGUUAAAAUGGAAAGCAUGCCUUCUGUGCAGGAAUGGAUUGUGUUCUCUUUUAUAGUCACCACAGCUGUGGAGAUAACAAGGGAGAUCUUCAUUUCAGAAGCUGGAAAAAGUAGUCAGAAACUUAAAAUGUGGCUCUCCAGUUAUUUCAAUGUUAAUGAGCUACUGGCAAUAUUGACCUUCUUCGUGGGGUUUGGUUUGAGAUUUGGCUCUAUAAGAAGUGCAGAUGAUUCCUCUGAGGACUUAGUGUUUGUCUCUGGAAGAAUAAUAUACUGUCUGAACACUAUAUUUUGGUUUGCAAAGUUGUUGGACAUAUUAAAUGUCAGUCAAGAUGCUGGCCCAUAUGUUUUUAUGAUUGGAAAAAUGAUAACAAGAAUGAUUUUUGUUGUGCUCAUCAUGGGAAUAGUAGUGGUUUCCUAUGGCGUGCCAAAACAGGCAAUCCUUUAUCCUAAUGAAGAACCUUCUUGGUCCCUUGCUAAGGCUGUAGUAUUUCGUCCAUACUGGAUGACUUUUGGUGAAAUGUUUGCAUAUGAAAUAGAUGUUUGUGCCAAUGACACGGUCACUCACGACCUCUGCGUUACUGGAAGUUGGCUGCAUGGCUUUCUGCAAGCUGUUUAUGUGUUCAUGCAGUAUAUUAUUAUGGUCAACCUACUCAUUGCUAUAUUUAAUAAUAUAUACAGUGAGUGUAAGAGAAUGUCUGAUCAUCUGUGGAAGUUUCAGCGCUAUUAUUUUGUCAUGUUAUACCACAAUAAGCCUGUGCUUCCUCCACCUUUUAUUCUUCUCAGUCAUUUGACAGCUGCCAUAAACUGGCUGUGUGGAUGGAAAAAGAAACCAAAAUCUCUGGGACCACAACUUUUCCUGACUGAAGAAGAAUUAAAGAGGCUGCACGAGUUUGAAGAAAAAUGUUUACAGAUCUAUUUUAAAGACAAGAAAGAUGAUAAUGACUCAAAAAGUGAGGAAAAAAUUCGAGUUACAUCAGCAAGAGUGGAAGAUAUGUUUGAGGACAUGCAGGAUGUCAGAGAUCAUGUCAACUCCAUUACAAAUUUACUUCACCAUUUAGAUGAUCACAUUGGGCACCUACAGGAUCUCUCAGGGCUUACAUUGGACUCUGUAAAAACUCUUACUGCACAGAAAGCCAUGGAAUCCAAAAGAAGCCAAAGCAUGAUGUCUAUUGAUUUGAGCCUCUCAAAGCAAACCACUGAUGAUGGACUUGGACAGUCAACCACAUGGAAGAAGAGCAAAAGUAGCCAAAUUUGGAGUCGUUCCUUUUCACAAUCUGGUCUAGAAAAGCAUUUUAAAGCUUCCAGUUCACUGCAAAGGAUCAGGGGGUCAGAUUUUGCUCCAGUAAAAAAUUCUUUGUUUCCCUUAUCUGAUCAUCUUCUGGAAAUCGAGCAUGGAGCUGUCUAUGAUAGUAACAUAGAAUAUGAUGACAAUCACAAAUCUCUAAAAAGCGGGCCUCAUAUAACACAUGAAGUAUCAACCCACAAUUCUUCUCCCCAAACUAAACAAAAGCCCAUUCCAGAUUCAGCAACUGUUCUUUUAAAAAAGAGUCCAGAAGAAGUCAUUCCAAAAUGUCAGGACUUAGUCGGUUCAACACUGCUUGAAAAGACUUUCAAAGAGGAAGGAUUUGUUAAUUGUGCAUUUACAGAUGAUGACAAUAAAGUCAUUUAUGAAAAUGUCACUGGAGAUGGUGGUCAACAUGGUAAAUUAUCUUUUAAACCACAAGCUAAGGUAGCUGAACAGUCACCAUCAGAAGUGUCACCAUAUGGCGACAGCCAUGACGCUGUUGUCAAAAAAUCUAAAGAUGAACAGAGUAACAAUAAUAAACUUACCGGAGUAUUUCAUAAACUAUGGAAACAUUCUAAACACCCAGGAAUCGAGGAUCCUGCUAGAAACAAAACUUUUUCUAAAACUGAGCCAUGCCACAAGGAUGAGGACACUCUCAGAAGAUCACACUCAUGUACAGAAUUAAAGGAAAUACAAACUUCUUUACAGACAUCAAGAAGCGAGUUUGAUUUGGAUAAUAGUUCGAUGUCAUUUGAAGACCUGCAGACGACAGACUCUACAGCAGCAUUACUAAAGGGCCAGUAUAACAGCCGAUACUCUUCAAGCCACAAGUUGAAUAUAUUAAAAGAAGGCUUCACAAAGUUUGGAAGCAAUUUCAAAACAUCCAUGGAUACAUCAUUCUAUUAUUCUGCCAUUGAAAGAAACAACUUAUGUCGACUUUCCCAGAGUAUUCCUUUCACCCCUCUUCCUCCAGUAGGAGAACUAGUCACUGUGUACCGUCUGGAAGAGAGUUCUCCCAGCAUCCUAAAUAAUAGCAUGUCCUCCUGGUCAAACUAUGGUUCCUAUGCUACAAUAGAGGUUCUUAGUAAAGAAGAGAUGGGAGGAGGAUUAAGAAGAGCUGUAAAAGUGGCGUGCACUUGGUCUCAAAAUGAUAUCCUCAAGGCAGGACACCUCUACAUCAUCAAGUCCUUCCUUCCCGAGGUGGUGGAUACAUGGUCCGGCGUUUACAAAUCAGAAACAGUGCUCCAGCUAUGCCUCAGAGAAAUUCAGCAACAGAGAGCUGCUCAGAAACUGCUUCAUGCCUUCAACCAAAUGAAGCCAAAAACGAUUACGUACUCUCCAAGAUUUCUGGAAGUGUUUCUCCUGUACUGUCACUCAGUCAAUGAGUGGUUUACAGUGGAAGAAUACAUGGCAGGAAGGUUUAGGAAAUACAAUAACAACACAGGUAAUGAAAGUGUGCCAUCAAACAAGCUGGAGAAGACUAUGCUGGCCUUCAGCCACUGGACGUAUGAAUAUACCAGAGGGGAAUUUCUGGUCCUGGACUUGCAAGGUGUUGGUGAAAAUCUGACAGAUCCAUCUGUUAUUAAAGCAGGGGAACACAGAUCAGAAGAUAUGAUAUUUGGACCAGCAAACCUGGGAGAUGAUGCCAUUAAAAACUUUUGUAUGAAACAUCAGUGUAAUAGGUGCUGCAGAUAUCUGAAACUUCCUGAAAUGAAGAGAAAUGAGUACAUGAUAGAUGCAGCGUUGCUCCAUGGGAAAUCUCAAGCCUCUAUUGCAAACUGUGGGACAGAAGCUCAAGCCAACAACCUAUCAGUGUCUUGUACUGAGUGAUUUAUCCUGCUGGUUGUAUAACUUUGAUGUUUCUUUCUUGUUUACAGCAUGUUAUAGGUCCUGUUGUCACUAUGAGUAUUGCUGUGUCAUUGUGACAGGCUGCACAUGCACAGAUAUGUUACAUUUAUGUUGUGCCUACUUCCAAUACACUAUAUUGGAGGUUGUUUACAUUGUAUGUAGCACUGAAUGAAUCAUUUCAUUGGGGUCAUGUAGUAAUAUUAACCUCGGCCUCUCGAGAAGGACUAAUACAAAACAGGCAAUAUCAG